AAUUGCAAAGCUAUGUGUUAGACUGAUUAUUGACUGGGAAGGGGCAAAUAGUAUUGUUUGUAUUUCUGAAUUUUCUAUGUGUCUGUAAAACACUUUGUGAUACCACUGUGUAUGGAAGGUGCUAUAUAAAUAAAGCUUGAUUUGAUUAUUUAUAAAGUAAUUUCAAGCUAGCAAUUCACGCAAAGACAUUUCUCCAUGAAGCCAAGACCAAAAAUCAAUCUUUGUUGCCGGAGUAACAGUUUAAGUAUAUUGAUUGUACUGAUGUAUACAACGUUUAUUCUUGAUUAUGUCAGCGUCUGCUAGGAAUAUACCUCUAUUAUUACAUGGAUCUAUCAUAAAACCAUCGAACACUGACCCUCUUACCCUGCUUAUUCUUGUGGAGGAAACUGAAGGCGGAACCAGGAAAUGACCUCUGGCUGAUCCAAUGACAUCACAGCCUCAGCGUUCAUUCACGAGUGUCUGAAUGAGAGCAGCACCCUGACAUUUUUUCAAGGAUUUCGUGUGUUUUAAUGGUCUCUGAGUCAAGCAAAGCUUGUUGUGGAUUCGUGCAAGAACGGUGGGGCGAACCAGAUCACCGACAUGUCGGGGGAAGGAACUUCUUUGGAUGGAAAUGGCAAGGUUAGUCGUGUCAUUCGGAUUGGAACCCGCAAGAGCCAGUUGGCUCGCAUCCAGACUGACAGCGUGGCAGACAAGUUGAAGGAGCUGUACCCUGAACUAAACCUGGAAAUAGUUGCCAUGUCAACGAUAGGAGACAAAAUCCUCGACACAGCUUUAUCAAAGAUUGGAGAAAAGAGUCUGUUCACCAAAGAGUUGGAGAAUGCUCUGGAGAGGAAUGAGGUGGACCUGGUUGUUCACUCCCUGAAAGACCUCCCCACCACCCUGCCUGCAGGAUUCACCAUCGGGGCCGUGCUCAAGAGGGAAAACCCCCAUGAUGCAGUAGUGCUACACCCCAAACAUGUUGGCAAAACUCUUGACACUCUGCCAGACAACAGUGUGAUCGGCACCAGCUCACUGCGCCGCGCCGCCCAGCUGAAGAAGAGGUUCCCACACCUGGAGUUCAAAGAUAUUCGUGGGAACCUGAACACGCGUCUGAAGAAGCUGGAUGAGAAGGACGACUACGCCGCCAUCAUCCUGGCGGCGGCCGGCCUCCGGAGAAUGGGCUGGGACAACCGCAUCAGCCAGAUCCUGGGUCCUGAAGACUGUAUGUACGCUGUUGGACAGGGGGCUCUGGCAGUGGAGGUUCGAGCCAGAGAUUUAGACAUCCUGGAGAAUGUGUCGGUUCUCCAUCACCCGGAAACUGUGCUGCGCUGCAUCACUGAGAGAGCUUUCCUCAGACACCUGGAGGGUGGGUGCAGUGUUCCGGUGGCAGUAAACACUGAGGUGAAAGACUCUCAGCUCUACCUGACGGGGGCAGUGUACAGCCUGGAUGGCUCAGACAGUCUGAAGGAAACCAUGCAGACAAGCAUCGCUGCUGAUGACAAGAGCGUAGACGAGGAAGUGGACGAGCGUGUGCAGCGUGUCGGAGUGACAGCCAGCAAGAUCUCCGGUGCGGCCCAGGACCGGGCUGAGAAGCUGGGGAUAGACCUUGCCAACCUUCUGCUGAGCAAAGGAGCCAAGGAGAUCCUGACGGUGGCCCGGCAGCUCAACGAUGCCAGAUAAUCCCGCCCCUCCCGGGAGGUCAAGGCUCUGGAGGAGAUUGGGUGCAGUGUGUCACAGCCAAGUAAAAUCUUGAAUUCCUUUUUUUUUUUUGCUACACAUUUUGACAUUGCGCAAGAAAACAAACAACUAUGCUGCAUUGGGUGUGCUAAAUCAAGAAAAUAUUAAGGAUUUUAAACACUACUUGGACUACGGUCAGGCUUAGUUUGUCAUUAUCAGUUUGUUAAGAGUCACUCUUGGUCCAAGCCUUUUACAUGAAUACCUCAUGGAACCAUCACCUGAGCCAUUUAGAACCCGCCUUAACACAAAAUGACCCUCCAACAUCGUCCUCAGCACUACAGUACCAUCAUUGGCUGAUAUCCUUACAAUAAAAUUCCUUUUUUAAAGCAUGUUAGAAUCAGUAUAUUAAAAUGGUACGCCAUGAGAAUUAAACGUUUUCAAACUAUUUUUCCCAACACAACCAAUCAGUGUCCAUUAGACUUCCUGUUUGGCUUUUACAUUCUCCUUUGGAAAGGCUCGCUUUGAUGGUACCAAAGAUUCCAGGGAUGUGUGCACAUUUUUUCCAAUCGCAGUAGGCCUACGCUGCACUGAAAAUGAGCCUCAUUUAGUGUGAAAGUUGAGAAAUGUAAAUACAAAUGUGAAUUCAGUCCUAGAACAAGAGUAUUUUUUUCUAGAAGCUUCACCUUUUUCCAUCCAAAUCACGUUGAAUGCAACAUUGUCAGCUAAGGAGGCUUUUUUAGAGCGUGCUCGUUCCCGUUUUUACAGAGAGAGAAUAUAUUUAAUACAAAUGAUGAGAAGCUUGUGGGAGGAUUUUAUUUUACUCUGUUGUAAAAUACUGGAGCAAUAACUGCUACUUUUUUUGUGCACUGGGCUGUUAUACUGCAAAAGAUUGUCCUGUUCAUGAUGUGCUGAUGUUAGGCUUAUGAUACUUAAAUAUGGUGUAAAUGCUACAUUUGUGUGUAAAGUAGUGUAAUCGACUUUUUAAAGGUAACGGACACAUAAGUAAAGUGGCCAACCAAACCUUAUUUAACUGAAAAUACUAAAGGCUAUUUCUUCACAUUUAUAAAUGUUUACGGCUGCAACUAGUCAUCAUUUUGCUCUAAUUCUUGCAACAAACACGUUAUUGGUUAAAACUAAUAUUUUAAAAAUAACGCUUAGGUCUGCCUUCUGUAUUUCAUAAUCAUACCAUCUUUUUCAUUUAAUUACAAGAUAAAGAACUUGUCGUCAUGAGACCAUAUUCUUGUAAUUAUGACUUCUGUAAUCGUAUUACAUUACAAAAUCCAUAUCUAUUAUGUGAUUUAAAUCUUGUAAUAAUGAAAUAUGGAACACAGUAAUCUCAUAUGUCAAAAUCUCAACUUUUUUUUUUAACAUUUUCUCAAAUGUUGAGAUGUGGAUGUCCUACUGAGAAUCUCUCAUGAAGAUAUACAGAAGUCAUAAUAACAACAAUAUUUACUCUGGUGAAUGUAAUGCAAAUGAACAAGGAAAUGAAUGAAAACACAUUUGUAUUUGCUGUAAUGCAAGAUGCUGUACUCCUCAUAUCAAAAGUGUUUCCAAAAGCUAAAUAUUUUCAGCCUUGAAGACAUGAAUCACUUGCUUAUUAUUUAAAAUGUCCUGAAUAACAUUUGUUGUUAGUUUCUAUCAAAGUGCCAUCUUUUCAAAUGUCUUUCUGCUCAUAUGCCUUACAUUUACAAUGCCUGUUUUCCUUCAUUCUGCAUCAGUAUACACACUUUACAGUUUGUGUGAUGUCAUAUCGUAUUCCUUUUAUAUUUCUUUAUUGUAUAUUAAACUUAAUUUAAACCUCCUGAGACAAUGUUAGCCAUAUUUGUUUUUCAGCUUUAAUUCCUGUGUGAAUUAUAUAGAAUGUUCUGUAUUUAGUUUCUUUACCACAGUAUUCGUUGUUGCAUCAAACUUGUAAUUUGUUGCCAGUUAUGGUAACAUCAUGUCAAAUAAAAUCACUGAUUUCAAGAAUCAAAUGUCAAUAAAGCUAUGUGUGUUAAACCUGUCAA